AGCCUGCGAUGCGCGUGCGCAAUGACGGACGAUGCGCCAGAGACAGCUACAGAAAACAUCAUGACGCAAGACAGCGAUGGAGCGGGCAUCGGACCGGGCUGGAGAGAUUGCGAAGACAUAGUACGGGGAGUAGGCGUAGUUUGGCCGCUAGCGAGGGGUUGUGGUUGGGGUCAGUCACGAUCGCGAGGGGGGGCAGGGCAGUGUGACUGGCAGCCGGCUGCACUUGCAGGCGACGGAAUGGGCCACCGCAUGGCCAGGGCAGCGGCAGCAGACUGA